GUCAACACAGGUUUCACUCUCUGCAUCAUACUCAGUUUCGGACAAAUUAUUCACUUUUCAUGCCCCUCUAUGAUUAUGUCUAUGGAACCAUGGACAAGUCCACAGAUGUUGUUUAUCAAACUUCACUCAAAAGACAAGAAGAGUCACCAGAUGUUGUGCACUUGACUCACUUAACCACAGCAGAUUCUAUAUAUCAUCUGCAGCUUGGAUUUGCUUCCAUGGCGUCCAAGCCCUAUGUUUCGAGAUGGUACCUCAUGGUCAUGUGGCCAGUGACAUUCUGGUCUGUGAUUAUGACUUGGGUUUAUGGCCAUGCUUUUGUUUCAGAGAGAAACACCUUCAAGAAACUCAAGCUACAAUCUUGGGUAAUACCCAGAUACAAAAUAGAAUUUCUGCUUACAUAUUUUGGAAGAAACGAUAUCAGCGAACUAAUUGAAGAGGCAGUCUUAGAAGCAGAUAAGAAAGGAGCUAAGGUUUUGAGUUUAGGUCUUCUGAAUCAGAAAGAAGAACUUAACAUGAAUGGGGAGUUGUACAUCCAAUGGAUACCUCAGCUUAGAAUAAAGAUUGUUGAUGGAAGCAGCUUGGUGGCAGCUGCUGUGAUACACAGCAUUCCAAAGGAAACAGCACGAGUGAUCUUCAGAGGAAAGGUGUCCAAGGUUGCUCAUGCCGUAGUGUCAGCUUUAUGUCAAAAGGGCAUUCAGGUUAUUACAUUACAUGAGGAUGAAUAUAUGAAGUUAAAGCAAAAUGAAAAGUUGCUGGGAACUGACGUGGUUCUUUCAGAAAGUUACAGUCAAAAGAUAUGGUUGGUGGGAGAUGGACUGACUGAGAGAGAGCAGUUGCAAGCUUCAAAAGGAACAAUUUUCAUCCCAUUUUCCCUUUACCCACCAAGAAAAGUGCGCCAAGACUGCUAUUAUCACACUACACCAGCCAUGAUGGUUCCAAAAUCUCUUGAAAACCUUAACUCUUGUGAGAAUUGGCUGGAAAGAAGGGUGAUGAGUGCAGUGCGUGUGGCUGGAAUUGUUCAUGCUUUGGAAGGAUGGGAUGUUCAUGAGUGUGGCAACUCUGUCUUCAACAUUGACAAAGUUUGGGAAGCUGCUCUUCACCAUGGAUUUCGUCCUUUGGCAGUUCCUACCUAAUCAAAAGACUUUAGUGGCCUAUGCUAUCUAGCAUGAUUAUUCUGCCAUAUGCAACAAUCAUUCCCGAGCAUGAAAAUUAUAAUAUUUGCUCAGUUAUACUUUAUUGUAUUUCUAUUACUGAAGCAUUAUAUCAUGCUUAUUUUACAAAUAAGAAUUCCCCUCUUUA